AUGAAGCCUGCAAGGAGAAUGGGAAAUUUUGAUGCCUGGGUGGAUCCGGCAGGGGUUCAGAUCAUGCAGGAUAAAGUAAGGCAGGAGAAAGAGAGCGUCCUGUUGAGCAGGUCCUUUGCUAAGACUGAAGUGUCGGCGUCGUUCAGGGCACGGCCAGCAAGCGCGUUCUGGUAUGACAAGAACCAACGGUCUCGUCCUUCGACAGCUACGGCUUCAGAAUUCGGGUUCUAUGGGGGAAUGCUGGGGAACAUGAGGAGAAAGGAUUCCUCUCCCCCUUCCAAGGAGUCCUGUCCGUCUUGCAGCGAAUGGUUGAUGGGAGCGAGGCAGAAGACAGCUGCAAAGUCCCCCGCCUCUCCCCCGCGUCACGCGGUCUACCUGGAAGACGGUCGGUCGAUGCGGAGGCAGGUCAACCUUACGACCUCGGCGAUGACAUCAGCGGCCAUCGGCCAACCGACCAACAACGUGGAGCAGGUGAGGGUCAAGAGAAACGCAACCAACGAUAGUUCAGCUGUUUCUCAGCUGCUAAAGUCCCAGCACUGA